AUGGACUCUUUUGCUGUAAAACCUUCCAAUCCGUCGCUACUUAAGGUUCCAGCCAUAAAAUCUGCAAACUUCGUGAAUUUUCCUUCAUCGGUUUCUCUUAAAAGCACGAAUAAUCCUUCAUUACUGAAAACCCAACAAUGUAGAAAAGGUGAAGUAGAGAAUAUACAUUUGGUUUCGCUAUCCAAGCAGGGAAAGCUCAAUGAAGCUCGUGAAUUUCUCAAACAAAUGGUCGAUGCUGGAAUUUCUAUCAAUUCUCAUUCUUAUAAAAGUCUAUUUGAAACAUGUGCCAACUCUAAAUCUUUAUCUAAUGGAAGAUUGAUUCACCAACAGUUCCAAAGGAGUGUGAAGAAUCCACCGGGGUUUCUUGAGAAUUCCGUCCUUCAAAUGUACUGUGAAUGUGGAAGCUUAGUAGAUGCCCACAAAGUGUUUGAUAAAAUGACUGAAAGGAAUUUCUUCUCUUGGGGCACUAUUAUAUCAGCCUAUGCAGAAAAUGGAUCUCUUGAUAAAGCUUUUUCCUUGUUUAUAAAUAUGAUUUCUUUAGGAAUUAGACCGAAUUCAUCUAUCUAUAUUGGUCUCUUACGGUCCCUGCUAAAUCCUUCUCUUUUGGAGAUUGGUAAACAGGUGCAUUCUCAUGCUAUAAGAAAUGGGUUGGAUACUUGUGUCUCUGUUAACACGGGAAUAUCCAACAUGUACGUCAAAUGUGGCUGGUUAGAUGGCGCUGAGCUCGUCUUCAACCACAUGACUGAAAAGAAUGCUGUGGCUUGGACUGGAUUGAUGGUGGGGUAUACUCAAGCUGAGAAACAGAAGAGUGCUUUGGAUUUGUUUGCUAAGAUGGUGUUCGAAGGUGUUGAAUUGGAUGAAUAUGUGUUCUCUAUUUCUCUCAAGGCAUGUGUUGGUUUAGGGGACUUGAAUUUUGGAAGGGAAAUUCAUGGUCAUAUUGUUAAACUUGGGUUGGAAUCUGAAGUUUCAGCAGGAACUUCUCUUGUGGACUUCUAUGUCAAAUGUGGUUGUUUUGAAUUUGCUUCCAAAGCAUUUGAGAGGAUUAGUGAACCAAAUGAUGUUUCAUGGAGUGCUCUGAUAAGCGGCUGUUGUCAAAAAGGUGAAUUUGAGGAAUCUCUCAAGAUUUUUGAAUCUUUGAGAGGUAAAAAGAGUGAGAAUUUAAAUUCUUUCACAUACGCAAGUAUAUUCCAGGCAUGUUCCGCCCUUGCAGACUUUACUACAGGUACUCAAAUUCAUGCAGAUGCAAUAAAAAGAAAUUUGCUAGCCGACCAACAUGGUAGGACCGCAAUGAUUACCAUGUAUUCACGAUGUGGCAGAUUAGAGUAUGCUAAUGAAGCCUUUAAAUCAAUAUAUAGACCUGAUACGGUGGCUUGGACCGCUAUGAUCGCUGGUUAUGCGUAUCAGGGUGAUGCUACUGAAGCUCUCAAGCUUUUCAAGAUGAUGCAGCAUUCUGGUGUAAGACCAAAUGCGAUAACAUUUAUUGCAGUUUUAACAGCUUGUAGUCAUUCAGGUUUGGUUGCAGAGGGCAAGCAGUAUUUAGAUUCGAUGAGUAGCAAAUAUGGUGUGAGCCCAACUGUUGAUCAUUAUGAUUGCAUGAUUGAUAUAUACUCUCGCGCUGGAUAUCUGCAGGAAGCACUUGAAUUAAUUCGGAGUAUGCCAUUUAAUCCGGAUGCAAUGAGCUGGAAAUGUUUAUUGGGCGGGUGCUGGAAGCAUAAGAACCUUGAGAUUGGGGAAACUGCAGCGGAAAACCUCUUUUUGCUGGAUCCAGAGGAUACUGCAGGCUAUAUUCUAAUGUUUAACCUUUACACUUCAUUCGGAAGAUGGAAAGAAGCAGCUGAUGUUAGAAAGACGAUGGUAGAGAGAAAUUUGGGGAAGGAGCUCAGCUGCAGCUGGAUUACAGUCAACGGUGAAGUGCAUCGGUUCGUAGUGGGGGAUAAACACCAUCCUCAAACAGAACAAAUCUACAUGAAGCUCAAGGAGUUCGAUCAAAUUGCUAAUAAAGAUGAAAAUGGCCUAUUCACAGAUGAUGGUAUUAUAUCCAGCAGCUUGCCGGAGAGGAAAGAACAGCUUUUGGACCAUAGUGAGAGAUUGGCAAUAGCUUAUGGGCUCAUAUCAUUACCACAUAAUGUUCCUUUAGUGGUUUUCAAGAACCUACGAGCCUGCCGGGACUGCCAUGAUUUUGCUAAGCAGGUAUCUUUAGUCACUGGACGUGAACUUAUGGUUAGAGAUUCUUUUAGAUUUCAUCACUUCAAGUUAGGGAAAUGUUCUUGCAAUGACUACUGCUUUCAAGAAUUGCAGAUAUUGGGAAAUGCAGAAUGCAAGCACAGAUAAAAGAAUGGAAAAUUGCAGCUCCAGUUUAAGGAUUGUCGGUU